AAAAUGAAAAUAAAAAUAUCAAAACUAAAGUUAAGUAUUUUCUAAAUACCUUUUAAACAUAAAAUAUAUACAUAUCCAAACUAUUAUUUUAUGUUUUAAAUACAUUUAGAAAAUAUCAAACUAUAGUUUUUAUAUUUUUAUUUUCAUAGCUAAUAUAAUAUUAUAUAAUAAAAUUAAUUCAUUUAUUAACCCAAGAUUCACCCGCGGUCGAUCCACUGACCCAUCGAUCCGGUAAGUCCUUUUAACAUAAUGAGAAAGAAGGUUUUUGGAUAAGCUUUAAGAAGUAAGAACAUGCUAACGUUUAUAAUGGUUGUUAAUGUUAACAUGGUCACAUUAAAAGAUACAAAAGCCGGCAAUACCACUCUGAGGUUGACUUAAAUAAUAAUCAAAAUUAUUUUAAAAUUUUGACAAUAUUUACGAUGAUGCUGGUGAAUUUUUCUGAUCACUUAAUAAAAACUUUGAAUUUUCUAUUUUUUAUAACUUAUAGUAUGUGGUCCUUAUUUAUUAGCUAUUGAUAAUAUAAUAAGUUUGAAACACUCAUAUACUGAAGCCUAUGAAUUUUCGAUGGAGGAUUUUCUACACCGAAUUCUAUAGAAGAAUAAUGUAUCUUUCAAUUAAUGAUUGCUUAAGAUAUUUAUUAUAUAUUUAUUUAAAAAGUGAAGAUGAUCGCAUUAAAUCUAACUGAUUGUAUCAGGUAAGAUAUCAAGUUUUUUACAUAAAGUUUGCAAUAAUCGAUAUAUAUUCCAACUACAUAUCUAUCACUGAAAGAAAGAAAAACGAAAAAAUCAGUUUAAUUGAACAAACCAAAAUAAAUACAGCUUCCGAAUGGUUGUUAUAUUUUAAAAGAGUUAAAUCUAAAAAAAUCCAACCUAAAACCAAAUCGAUGUCCACACUAAACAGAUCUAAUAUCUUCUUAUCUUAUAAAUAUUAAAAUUAAUAAUUUUACUCCGCGCAAGGCGCGGGUUAUCACCUAGUAUAACAUUUAAAUUGAUAUAACCUUAUUCCAUGGUAGAUUAUGUCACAAGCUCAUUGUCGGUAAUGGUAACGAGAGGAAUCUAUAUAUGUUCGACAUGGCAAAGCUCUUCCUCGAGAAUUUGCCAAUAAGCUUGGGAAAUUUAGAAUGAUCAUAUAUGCUACAAAAUAAUAGUUCUCCGUUGCAAUUGUAAAAUUGUGUUAUGGUAUGCCAAAAUAUUUUUAUUUCAAGGUAUGCCAAAAUAUUUUUCAGAGUAAAAUGUUAACUGUGUAGAGAGUUCAAACUGAGACGAUAUUUUCAUUCAGAAGAGGUUGUUUCAAGGUCGCUAUUACAAAAUCAUGGUCCUACAAUCAUUUCAUUGGUCUUCUUCCAAUAACAUGAGAGAACUAAUAGACAAAAGUCAAUAUAUUGUCGUUGUUUCCUUAAAAAUUUCAUGUUCGUUAUAAAUAAGGACACUUGGCGUGAACAAAGGCGAGAACAAAGGCGAGACGUGAGUAGUAUUAGUUGAAUUUUGUGAGCGGCUAAGAAUGUACCUAUUGAGUCCAACGGUUCAGAUUUCAUCGCACGACAUUUUUGCUAGCUCCCUAUUUAACGAGCGAGAGACGACGAAGUCUCCUCAGAGUUGCAUGCAUUGCACAUACAUACGUAAGAAGAUUAUUAAAAAUUAACAAACCAGGAAGAACAAGAAAGAAAUCGAGAUAAUGUCGUGGCAAACUUACGUUGAUGAGCAUUUGAUGUGCGAUGUUGGUGAUGGCCAAGGUCACCACCUCACCUCUGCCGCCAUCAUCGGCCUUGACGGUAGUGUUUGGGCUCAGAGCGCUAAUUUUCCUCAGUUCAAGCCUCAAGAGAUGACAGAUAUCAUGAAAGAUUUCGAUGAGCCAGGCCACCUUGCUCCCACAGGCUUGUUCCUUGCAGGACUAAAGUAUAUGGUUAUUCAAGGCGAGCCUAAUGCUGUCAUCCGUGGCAAGAAGGGAGCUGGAGGAAUCACGAUCAAGAAAACAGGACAAUCGAUGGUGUUUGGUCUGUACGAAGAACCAGUGACUCCAGGACAAUGUAACAUGGUCGUGGAGAGGUUGGGUGAUUACUUGAUCGAACAGGAUCUCUGAAGAAUGAUCCAGUUCCAGUCCUUUAAACCAUUGUUUUACUAUUUUUUUUUUUGGUUGGUUGUAUGUUUUUUUCUAAUUUAAUUUUGAGUCUUUCUGCUUAAAGUUUAAAAGAAAGUUGAACUUGAGGUUGCAGAUAAUUAUACAAAAGAAGAAUCCGAAACUUAAGACUAUUUACCUCUGUUUCUUGGUUUCGCAAUUAAAUUAUUUGUUUUGAUUUAAUUUUCCUUGCACUUCUUUUUGCGUAUAUACUCACAUGGUUCAGUGAAUAAUAAGUGAAAAAGUCGGAUACGUGAAUAAUUUUCUUUACAUUUGCACAUUCUCCAUCAACCUUUUUAAGAACUAACCAACCGUGGUUGCAAAGCCUUCUAUCAGUUGAUGUGCCUACCGCCUCCCAAGUAUCAUUGAUCAGAGAUGCCAUAAUAACUGUCAUCAUUCAUAGAGUUUUCAAACUCUAUAUAAUCCAUCUUGGCGCAGACCUUUACCGAAAUGUUGUUGCAUCAUACUAAGAUUCAAACACAUUCCAUUAUCUGGGGCUAAAGUCUAAAGAUAAUUUCUAAUCUACGUUUAUAUUAGACUCCAAAUGUUAUUAGAGAAGACAUUCUUCUCCAAUACACCUUCAACCAUUAUACUUUGGUGUUUCUAGACAUAUGGAUUUUGAUGUGUGGAGUCAUCAAAACUAUUGUAUCUUUAUAGUUGAAGAUUCUAAAUUCAAAACGGCUAAGAGUUGCUUUUUUACUUAUAAGAAAAAGACAAGAUGAUGUAAAAAAAAGACAAGAUGAUCAUUUUCACUAUCUCUAGUUCUCCACUCUUUCUUUCUCUCUUGCUUAUAGGAGUUCAUGAUUCUAACAAUAUGUAACGCCCCGACAAAGCAUCCCUAAUGGGUCUUCACGCUCAUUUUCUUGACUUGUGUGUUCCAUUCAUCUAACGGUGAUGCAUUAAUUUUUAGAAAGUUCAAAAAACUUGUUUACUAUCAUGCAAUUAGUACAUGGUUUUGUUUUCUAUUUUGCCUUCUCUCCCACAGUGCCACAAAUCAUUUCCUAGCAACUUACUGUUAUUCAACUACUCAACUUUAAGUAAACUUAACUUUAAAAGUGUUUGGAUAAAAUAUUGAAAAGAUAAAUUUAAUUUGGUGAUGUAUGUAGUCAAAUCAAUUUUUUUUUAAAAAAAUAACCAUAUGCCAAAAAUUAAAAUGUUUACAAAGUCUUUGAAUCCUUGUUAAAAGAGAAAGAAAGAAUAAAGCAGAUUUUACAUUGUUUUGGUUGAGACAACUAUCACGGUAUUACGGUGGAACAAUAGACACCGAAUUUUUAUAAUACGCACCCAAGACAUUUUCAUCGACUGAUCAAUAAAAAAAAAUGAAUAAUUCAUGUGAUGAUUAUUUCCCAAGAUUUUUUCUUUGAGUAAGAAAAUGCUCCUAGAUUUGAUUAUCGACUAUUUCCACAAACUUAUGAGAGACUGAGUAUUUCAAAAUCAAAGACCAUCUUAAUAAUCUCCAAAAUCUGACUUAAAACACUAUAAUUAUUGAAAGUGAUGGGGCAGAUGUAAAUGCAAUGUUGGGUGUCACGCAAUAACAUAAUUGUGAUCUGCAAAGAGAAUAUCCACUCUGUAUUCGGAGAGAAUAGAGAAGGAACGAAUGGUGGUGGGCACAUUAUGGCAUCCCUCAACUUCUUUUUUGUGCCGAAUAACUGAAAAAAAUCAAUAAUUCAAUCAUGUUUACAACUCAUUGUCUUAAAAUAAUAUAUUAAAGCCAAAUUAACAGAUAACUCUGUUCCCAAAAGUAAGAUUUUAUACUUAUUAAAAAUUUAAUAAAUAUUUAUAAUUUAAUUUAUUUUUUACUUUAUUAUACACUUUCCAAUAACUUUCCAUCAAUGAAAUUUAAUCAAUUCAAAUAUUCUCAAUCAAUGUUCAUCCGAAGUAUUAAAAAUUAGCUUAACAAUAUAUAAAGUCUAUAUUUGUGAAACAAAAAAAUCUAAAAAAUUUUACUUUCGAAACGGAUGAAGUAUUAAUUAUUGUAUGUAGUUAUAUGAUAUGAGCCACUGCGUUUACUCAGUGCAAGCAAUUCGAAGUAGUUUCGGUUUCACUUGCAGUUAACCAAAAUAUAAAUCAUGGAUUAUCGUAUAGAGACUAUAUGUAUGCACAUCAUGUAUUGUUCAAAACAUUUGAGCUACUUUUAAAUGUCUUUUUAACAUAAUUAACCGCCUCUGAAUGAUUCAGAAUGGUAUAUAUUGUUUCAACACAAUUUGAGCUAUUGGAACAAGCAUGCCUGGUAAAGUGGUAAAGCAUGAUAAUGAUGGGCACCCGACUUGUUUCAAGUGUGACUGUCUCAUCGUGCAUUUAGCUCAUAUUAGCUAGUUCCAAGCGAUCGCAUUUUCGGCAUAUGUACCCAGAGGCGUGCUUACCAUGGUUUUGACAAGGCUUCUGCCUUAGGCCCUUGCAAAAUGUACAAUUUUUAGGGCUCCUAAUUUCAUAAAAUUAUUGGUAGAGCUAAAUGUAUAGUUUUAGGUAGAUUUUGACAUGAUUCUGAAUUUGACUUUUGUUUUCGAUGAAUGUUUUUAUUCUAAUAAAUUUCAAGAUGUGUUAUAACUAAAAUGGAAAGAAUUGAUUAAAGAACUGACAUGGUAUAACUCACAGUUCUGAUUUUAGUUUUGCUUUUGUUACUUAUUAUAAUCUAUUUUUUUUUUACCAAAAGUUAGCUAAAAUGUAUGUUAAAACGAAUUAUUUAUUUUUUCUAUAAAUUAUUUCAUCAAACUAUCAUAAUGUAUAAAUAAAAAUAUAAUUUUUAUCUAUCAUCAUUUUUUAAACGACAAAAUGUUCUAUACUUUAUCUACCAUUAUUUUAAAUUUAUGAUAAAAUAGUUUUGUAAGCCAUGAUAUAAAAUUUUAUAAAUGACUUAUAAGACAUAUAUGGACAUUAUAAGACAUUAAUAAUUAUAAUAAUAUGUUAUAUACAAAUAAAAUGUUUUACAUAAAAAUAUUAUAUCAUUUUAUCUAAAAAUACCGGUUUUCUACUUAUCAUUUUAACCUUUACUUUUAAAUUAUAAAUUAAAAAAAGAUUAUAUUUCUUAUUACAUAUUAUAAAAAUUUAUUUUUAAAUUCAUCUUGAGCCCCCAAAAAUUCUCGCACGGCACUGUAUGUACAUUUAGAAUAUUUGAUGCAAUAAGUCAGUCACCAUAAGAAGAUCCUGGUUGGGUUUGAUACCAGGUGUCACUAUCUAAUUCAUUAAUAUGAAAUUUUGAAUAUUUUGUUUAAAUAUAUCACAUAAAAAUAUCAAUCAAUCGAUGUCAAAAAAAAAACAUCAAUCAAAGUCAAAUUAUAGAAACUAUACAGUAAUAGUUGACAAAAAAAACUAUACAGUAAUAUAGAAUUAAAAAAAUCUAAAUAACGUUUUUAGAAACAGCUUAUUAUACAAUUAACUAGUGUAUGUUAGAUGAUAUUUUCCGCUACUCAGCGAAUACUUUGAUUUUUUUUUUCCGUCAAUUUUAAUUAAAAAUAAACAGGCCGAGGCCCAACAUUUCCCGUCAAUUACAAAGCUUAAAGCCCACAUAAAAAGGCAAAAAAUACAACAAAAGGCCUAAGGCCCAAACAGCUGGAACCGAACCACCUGCUUGCGACCCAAAACCGAAAGGGGUCGGACACGUGCGCAUCUACGCGAUCUCACCCUGUCCACCGCAACUUGAUCGACGCCGCUUCGAAAGCGGCCACACUGUAACCGACGUUUCACCGGAGCUUGUAAUACCGCCGAGCCUCCAUAGAAAACAACUCAACGAACUCAUUCCGAGCCCCCAUGCACCCUCCCCAAAAGAGCGGCACCACAAAUCAUCUCACUCCAUUCACGCUUUGUCUAAAGAUCGGAGAGUUCCAUCGAUUAAAUCGAGAUCUCAUCCAGAAAAGUGAAGCCGCGAACCACAGGAGCCAAGAACCAAGAACACAACCAAACAGACCAGAAAACGGGAACAAACCCUACCUCACGACAAGAAACCUAAAGCCGGCGACGCAAGACUAUGGAAGCCUUCACUCCCCGGAAACAGAGCCGGCGAUGGCUGAGCUGCGGAAGCCCCUACCUCCCGGAGACUAGGACCGGCGGCGACGGAUCUGUAUAAGCAUCCAUCUCCCGGAUUGAAACUAAAAACUGACAUGCCGACUUCACCAUGCUGUGACCCUCCACACGCCCGCGUCGUUACUCCAACCGGUUAUCCACCAUCGCUGUCGGUACUUCACGAGAUGACAACGACGAUUGGGGACUUAGCCAGAGCUCGGACAAGGCGGUCGGGGAAGGCAGACCAGUAGAAGCGGAGGAAGAACAUCUUGGCGAAGGACAGAGGGCUCCGGCGACGGCACGCUCGCUCACGCGCCGGCCGUCCACCGGACCCAAGGUAGAUCUACUUUCUCUCUCUCUUUCUCUCUCUCUGAUAGUUUGGGACAGGUACUCGAAUACUUUGAUUUCUCUAUGUAUAUUUUUCUUCCCUUUAUUAAAUUUAUAAAGAUUCUCAACUUAUUUACACACAUGUACCAUUUGUGCCUAAAUUUGUUUCUAUAUCUUCGUGCAUAUCUUCUUAUUAAUGUUUUCAAUUCCUAUUUCCCAUUCUAAUUUUCUACUUUUCUACAACUUUUUUAUAGUAAAAAUAUAUCCCUACAACAUUUUGUACAUUAAGAAUACAUGAAGUAUUAAAUAUUUUUUUAAAAAAAUCAUCAAGAAAUAAUAACUAUAUUUUUAAACUAGAAUUAAUUUGAUUUGACAGCCUAAAACACAAAAAUAGUUAAAAAUUCAGCG